AUGGGAAAAAUUGUUGAAUUUCUAUGGGUGCCAUCUCACUCAGGUAUUACAGGAAUUGAAAUAGCUGAUUCGUUGAUGAAAGGUACUUUCGACAUUCCAGUUCAUGAAAACGCCUCAAUUCCUUUUACGGAUUUUUAUAGUGCAAUAAAAGACAGAAUGUAUUUGACGUGGAAUAAGUAUUGGGAAGAAACUAGAAAAGUUAAAGGAGCAUGGUAUGCCAACAUUCAUGAUGUGAUACCUAAGAAGCCAUGGCACCAAAAAUUGAAAAAUCCAUCUAGAAAAUAUAUUACUACUAUGAACCGCUUACGAAUUGGUCAUGGAAGAUUCCGGGAGCAUUUAAACAGGAUUAAACUUGAAGACCAAAAUGAUUGUCGGUAUUUAACAGAUGAAUUAAUACCUAAACUCAAAGACUUAUUUAUUAAGGCUGGUCUAUAUGGGGUUGACCUGUGUAAAAAUAAUAAUAAAAAAAUACCAGAGGCGAUCGGUGUUAUUUCCGGAUGUGUUUUUUUAGUAACAAGUUUUAUAUUUAUACCCAUUGUAUUUGGAAAUGAUCUAAUUGAAAGAGAAUUAUUCCCCCAUAAUGAAUUUGCAGAACUGCUGGCAGCCCUUCUAUCAAUAUGCUGUAUGUUGUUAUUAGGAUUUGCAGAUGAUGUGCUUGAUUUGAAAUGGAGAUAUAAACUACUCCUCCCAACAGUGGCAUCAUUGCCAUUACUUGUUGUAUAUUAUGUAAAUUUUAACUCUACCACUUUUGUUAUACCUAUACCAUUUCGGCAAUGGCUAGGAGUUUCAAUCAAUAUUGGGUUUCUGUAUUAUGUUUACAUGGGCAUGUUAGCUGUUUUCUGUACAAAUGCUAUAAAUAUUUUGGCUGGAAUCAAUGGACUUGAAGUUGGACAAGCAAUAGUAAUAGCUGCAUCUAUUAUAAUAUUUGACAUAAUUGAAUUAAGAGGAGAUCAAUUUAAAGCUCAUACAUUUUCACUACACAUAAUGAUACCUUAUUUGGCAACAACAUUAGCCUUGAUGAAACAUAAUUGGUACCCUUCGAAAGUCUUCGUUGGAGAUACAUUUUGCUAUGUAUCUGGAAUGACAUUUGCCGUAGUAGGCAUUCUGAGUCAUUUUAGUAAAACCGUUCUGUUAUUCUUUUUACCACAAAUCAUGAACUUCAUUUAUUCGGUUCCACAGUUAUUUCAUAUUAUACCAUGCCCUAGGCAUCGUUUACCAAAGUACAGUGCAGAAAUGGAUUUGCUUCAAGCUAGCAGAACUGUAAUCGCAAAGAAAGACUUGACCUUUUUUAGAAAAAUUAUAGUGCAAGUCCUAACAAUUUUACGUUUAAUUGAUAAAGUUGAGGAUAAGGAAAGCAUUACUAUUAAUAAUUUGACUUUGAUUAAUUUGGUUCUGAUUAAAUUAGGUCCAAUGUCUGAAGAUCGACUAACUGUUACUUUAUUAGCUUUACAGUGUUGUUGUACACUUCUAGCUUUUCUCAUUAGAUAUCCUAUGGCUUCAUAUUUCUAUGAAACUUGA